CCCACGUGUCGCGCUGGGGCUGAUGAGGUCGCUGCUGACAUGGCGGACCCGGGGAAGGUGGAGGGGGCUCAGCGCGGUGUCCCUCUCCUCCUCCCCGGGCCCCCCAUGUCCCCGCUGCUGCUGGUGGGGCUGGGGCUGCUGAUGCUGGCCGGGCAGGCGGCGGCUCUGAUCGAGGGCCUGUACUGCGGCCGCCAGGUGUGCUAUGAUGUGCUGGGGGUGAGCAGGGAUGCCAGCAAGGCGGACAUAGCCCGGGCUUACCGGCAGCUCGCCAGGAAGUACCACCCGGACCGCUACCGGCCCGGAGAGCAGAGCGAGGAGGCCAGCGAGAAAUUCAUCCAGGUGGCCACGGCCUAUGAGACCCUAAAGGAUGAAGACACGCGUAAGGAUUAUGACUACAUGUUGGAUCACCCAGAAGAACACUACAGGCAUUACUAUCAUUACUACAGUAGGCGGCUGGCACCGAAGGUGGAUGUGAGACUUGUCAUUCUAGUUACAGUGUGUGCCAUCUCACUGUUUCAGUUCUACAGCUGGUGGAGCAGCUACAAUGAUGCUAUUAACUAUUUAGCAACCGUGCCAAAAUACAGAAUCCAAGCCGCUGAAAUUGCCCGGCAGCAAGGGCUGCUCAACAAGGCUAAAGAAAAGGGAAAGAGCAGGCGGUCUAAAGAAGAAAUCCGGCAGGAGGAAGAGGAGAUAAUCAGGGACAUCAUAAAGAACAAAAUAGACAUCAAAGGGGGUUAUCAGAAGCCGCAGAUCUAUGAUAUCCUGUUUUUCCAAAUAAUUUUAUUUCCCUAUUAUCUAUUUAAGUAUAUAUCCUGGUAUGUCUGGUGGAUUUAUACUUUUAACAUAAAAAGAGAAGAAUAUGGUGAAACGGAGAAACUUUACCUCAUCCGGAAAAAUAUGAAGAUGUCAGAAGCUCAGUUUGACGGCUUGGAAGAUCAUCGGAAACAGAAGUUUCUAGAGCAGCAGUUAUGGAUACGAGAAAACUUUGAGGUAUACAGGCAGGAGCAAGAAGAGGAAAUGAAGCAAAAAUUGGCAUCUGACCCCCGAUGGAAGAGGUAUCGAAGGUGGAUGAAGAAUGAGGGUCCUGGAAGGCUUACAUUUGUAGAUGACUAAAAUGCUAUGGUGCUAACUGAAGAGAUUAUUUUCAUAAAAUAAAUUAUAAUAAUUCUUUUUAUCUACAAAGAAACUAAAACACAAGAACAAUUUAUCAAUACUUUGGUCUGUUUUUGUUUUGUUCCCCCUAUGACUUAUACUCUAAAAUAAGCCAACCUGCCUUUCACAGAAUAAUAGAACACCUUUUGAAAUAGGUACAUAAUAUGAGCUUGAGAGAUUAAAAAUUACACAGAGCCUUGGGGUUUAUAGAUUAGUAAGUAAAUCACUUUGUAUGUAUUCUCAGAGGGGACUAGUUGCCAAGCAUUCCAUUCUUGGUGUGAAAAGGAUGCAACUUUAUUUCUGCAGUUUAGAUUUCUAUUAAAAAGGCUUCUUAAAUUAUAAUGUUCCCAUCAGUACAACUUUUAUAUAAUCAAAUUAUUUUUGUAAUGGGUAUUUUAUAUAUCUAGCCAUAUAGUGUUUUAUUGGCUCACUUUUUAACAAAAGUUUAACUAUAUCAACACACAUCUUAUUGGUGAAAUGUUCACUAAAUUCACAGAUCAAAUUUUUGUUUAACUAUUGGUAAAUAUCCACACCGGUCUUUUUCUACCCAAACAUUCUAAGAAUACAAAACUGAAUCAGUUAUGUGAUAAUCAAAAAGCACGAACGAAGUACCCCACCAUCUUUCUGUAAGGGCUAGCAGAUUGGCAAUGUAAAUCCUAACCUAGUUCUAUGUUUUGGCUCCUCUUGAAGACGUAACUGCUGGCCUUAAGGAAACCUUUUGUAGACACCUGGAUAAAUGCUUGUACUUCACAUUAACUUUCAGUCUCCCAAUCAAUUUUUAAACAUGUGUUAUUCAGGUAACUGGCAAAACAAAUAAUAA